AUGCCCAUCUUCCGCUCCAUAGUCAGCGAGCUCAACCAGAAGCUCUGCCGCAAACAGACGGUGGUGAGGGAGCUGUGGAACGUGGAGGAGAUGGAUGUGUUGGCGCUGGCGCUACAAGGCAAGAUGAGCGUCAAGCGGUUCAACCUCACGUGUAUCCAACCAGACUGGGUUGGCAUGAUAUUAGACUGUUUCCUCUUAGGCGUAACAUGA